UUACCGUUCUUGCAGCACUUCUUUUCUCGUCAUACUUGGUUUAUUUAUUGCAGAAAUGCCUUCUAUGCCUCGCAUCCUCCUUCUCGGAGCCACUGGGGAAACGGGUAGUUCUAUUCUAGACGGCUUAUUGGAAGCCAACAAAUAUAACCUGGAGGUUUUGGUCAGGCCAAGCUCUGUUAGAAAGGAAGCCGUUAAGGCCAUCCAAGACCGUGGUGUUAAACUCCGUGUAACAGAUCUCAGUGCAUCUGAGGAUGAACUUGCCUUGGUCUUGUCCGGCAUUGACAUCCUGAUCAGUGCUAUUUCCGGUUAUGAUCAGUUAUCACAAAAGACCCUAAUGAGGGCUGCCAAGAUUGCGGGUAUUCGACGUGUUGUUCCCUGUGCAUAUGGCACCAUUGCUCCCCCACAAGGUGUAAUGCUAUUUCGUGAUGAGAAAGAGGAGGUCUACAAUGAAAUUAAAAGACUAGCAUUGCCAUACACCAUCAUCGAAGUUGGAUUCUGGCACCAACUUUCCUUUCCCCGAGUCUCUUCCGGGAGGCUUGAUUAUGCCGUCCUGCAGCAGGACUCCACCACUAUCUAUGGAGAUGGAAAUAUGCCGAACAUUCUCUCUGAUCUCCGGGAUGUCGGCCAGUACGUUUCACGGAUAAUUGACGAUGAUAGAACGUUGAACAAACACGUCUACGGGUGGAGUGAUGUCUUGACAGCAAACGAAACCUUUGCUAUAGUUGAAGAGCUUUCAGGCGAGAUAAUUGAGAAGGAAUAUGUAUCGUCCCAACAGCUUGAAGCAACCCUAGAGCGAGCCAGGGCAGAACAUUCCAAGAACCCAAAAGACCCAACCAAGCGCUUGGACUUCUAUAUCUUACAGACCAUGUACAGUAAGUAUGUACGUGGAGACAACCAGCCUUCGUAUGCAAAAUACCUCGGAUACUUGGAUGCAAGGCAGCUAUAUCCGGAUUUUAAGCCGAUCUCCUUCCGUGACUUUCUCGCUGAAGCGUUCGAAGGCAAGGCUAAGCGGCCCUAUGCCCAAUUGACAUCUGGAGCUUCUCUGCAGCAUUGAGUAAUGUAACCUUGGAAGGUAUGCAAAUGGGCGGGACUACACAUGGUUUCGUUCGGUAUCAUAGAAGUGUAACUUACAUUGGUUGACUAUUGUCUGGGCAGUGAAAGUGUGGUUCCU